AGAUGGAGCUCUUGGACCACCUCAGGGAAAUCAUCAAGCAUCUCUAUUGACCUCACCACCAGACAAAGCUACAAUUAAUAAUACCUCACGCCGACAAUCAAACACUCCUGAUAUUGAUUCUGAGAGUUUUAGGUCUGUAAUGAUCGGUCUUGUCCAACCUGAAGUCCCUGAGCCUUACCUACUAUACAAUACUAUGGCAACGACAAAGAACCACGCUUCAUCUUCAAUUCCUGCUGAUUAUGCACUAAUACCUUCGUCUAGUUUUAAUAACGAUUUACUUCAACCCAUUACGACCAAGAGGCAGGGAAGUAACUCACCUACUUGCGACAAGAUAAGUUCUUGCUUUUCUAGCCAGUCGUUGGGGAAAUUCGACGAGACUUUAAAAAUGCGAUCCCCAUUGACUGAGAAGAAGUUUAAUGUCUUUUCUACUCAACCCUCAGAUAUCAAGAAAUUAUUAUUACCCGUAAGCUUGGAGAAAAGGCAAAAUACAAGCUUGGAAAAUCAGAGCCGUGUUCGUUUACCUGGGAUGGAGUGCUUUGUGAAAGAUACUUAUAUGGCUGAGUACUUCAAAGAAAAUCAGAUUUACAAUAAUGACGUUUUGAUGAGCCAACAAAGGGAAUUAGAGAUGGACCAGUUUGAUAGUGGUCAAUAUACACUUCCACUGUGGAGACCGUGGUGAAAACGACUGAUUUUUAUAGUAUUUAUUAAAAGUUUAUAGUCAAUCAAUGAUUUAUGUUUUAUUUAUAUGAUUUGUUAUUAUGUACAAUGAACUCAAUUUAUGAUGUAAUUUCCCCUAAUGACUUGUAAUAUUUUAAUUCUGUUCAUUUAUUUUUUACGGCUCGAAUUAUGUAUCUGUCUGAAAAAGCAAGAUAGAAGAAAGAAUAUAAUGUAUAUAUGUCGACAAAAGUGUAAAUUUUUAUUAUGGAAAAAUAAACUUACUUUAUAUCAUAAGAAGAAAGUCAAAUGCGAGAAAUACAGGAAGUUGGGAUGCUUUGGCCUUCUUCCCCUCUAUUAACUAUGUUCAAACUGAUUGUUUUGGAAAUGAAGUUAACUAGACUGUAUACAUUUUAAGAUAUAACUGUUUCUCGGAAAAUGAGUGACGACUUUAGAAUAGGGUUUUUAAACGUUGUAAGGUUUGAGGUACUUUUAAAGAAGAAUAUGAAAGUUGAACAAGAUAAAAUUAAUAACAGAUUGAAAUACUGAGUGACUCUGCAUUUUUAACUUUCAUAAGUCAUCACUUUUAACUUGAACGAAUUACGUAGU